AUGAGGUCUGGUCUUUCACUUCUUACCUUGCCGGCAUUGGCCUUGGCAUUUCCUGGCGCCGUUCGAGACGAGAAGAGACAGUUGCUUGGUACUGUCGGGAACCUACUGAACGAUGUGUCUGGUCUUCUCGGCUCUGUAGCAUCAUCGAUCGACCCAGACAACUUUCGACCAGAAUCAGGCUACGAUUUCCAGGCUCCAGGCCCAAACGACUCAAGAGGGCCGUGCCCGGGGCUCAACCUUCUCGCCAACCAUGGCUAUCUUCCGCGCAACGGCUAUGUGAACUUCGGUCAAGUCGUUGAAGCCACCGCCCGUGGCUUCAACAUGGGCGCCGACCUCGCCACUGUCCUCUGCGUCUUCGCAGUCCUCACAGAUGGUGACAUCGAAACCGAGUCAUGGUACUUGGGCGCCGGACCCCAGAAUGUCGGCGGCUUGGUCCGUCACUCAACCAUCGAGGUCGACAUCUCGCCCAACAGAGAGGAUUACUUCCUGGGCUGUGGUGACAACCACCACUUGUCUUCUCGCAUCUUCACGCAGAAUGUCCAGUUCGCUGCACAGAGUGCCGACAAGGACUUCGGCUACGACACUAUGGCUAGACACUACGGCGCGAACAGCAGAUUCAGCCAACAGUACAACCCAUGGUUGUACUACUUCCCAUUCCCAUCCAUCGUCUCCGUCGUGGCGUUCAACUUCUACCCGGAAUACUUCUCCAACGGCACUUACGGCAGCGGUGGUGUCGCCAACUACGAGUCCAUCUCUAGCAUUGUUGGUGCCCAGCUCAACAAGGAGACUGGCCAAUACGAAUACGUUCCCGAGAGGUGGCCAGAGCAGGGCUGGUACCGCCGCUCAACCCCUUACGGAGCAGUCGAGGCCUUGACCGAUGGCUUCACUCGCAUCUACCCAUCCAACCUCGUCCCAAUGCCCAUCGCCCAACUCGGCACCCCAAACCUCAACGUCAGCACCAUCCUCUGCGAUAUCUACCAAGGCCUCAACUCCGUCACGCCCCUCGAGCUCGGCGGGGAAACCACCGACAUCGAAGCCCAGAUCACCUGGGCGCUCGGCAAGCUCGUGGCCGUGGGCAUCAGCGACACCAUCCUCGGAUGCCCCAAAGAUGUCACCAACAACAACAUCCUCUACCCCAACUCGACCACCGCCGGCGGACCGCUUGGGCCGGACCCAGUGGUUGUGUCGAGGGCGGGGAAUAAUGUCUACAAUAAGGUUUACUUCACUGCUGCGCCGACGACGCCGCAGUGUUCGUAG